CAAAAGCAGCUAUUGAGAGUGGGACUCAUUGCUUUGGUGUGGAAGGGACCACUACAGAGCUUUUGAGCUUACCUCCUCACCGUCAAGAGAAUUGAAGCUUGUGGCACUGGAAGAACUCACUGACUACUAUCCUUUGGCUGACUAUAUGAUCGGAUCAAGUCGUUUGGUAACCUUAAAAAGGCACAUCAUCAUAAAAGAACAAGACGAAUAGAAGGAUGAGCUCCCCAGCCUUUCUAAAAGUAAUUCUGAGUGACAACAGUAGUCAGAGGUUGAGUUUUCCAACUGGACUGCCUGGAUCUGUUUGUGAGCUAGUUUGUGAGGUACAAAGACAAUGUGGCCUCAACUCCUCUUUCAGACUUCAGUUUAUGGAUUCUCUCUUUGGGAAUGACUUCAUGAAUCUCACCUCAAUGGAUGAAGUGCAGGAUAGAGGCACAAUCAGAUUGAUUCCUUUGACACUUGGGACUUCACCUCCCCAGUGUUCUACCUCAGCAAUGGCUAAUCCUGAAGAACCCUCAGCCUCAUCUGUACCAACCUCAUCACAUAUCAGUGUCAAUACUGAUACACUCUCAUCACCUGACUCAUCCGGUUCAAGGUCAGUGUGGCCCAGCAUCUUCUGUGUUCCUCAGUUCUCCUAUGACGCAGAAUUGAAACUGGAGCGAGGCAAUGCAGCAUACAGGGAGGACGGCACCCAUCUUGUCAGUGAUCCAAAACUGCGAUCAAAUAUUCUAGAAGGUCUGAUACAGGAGGUACUAAGAUACAAGAUGUAUGUCAGUGACCGAUACUGGAACGAAGUUGGAGAGGCCCUCAUCAUGAAGCAUCCCUGCCUUACUGAACAAGGCUCAAUUUCCGGAUAUGCCGGAUGGAAGCAAAGCUUGAAAAACAAACUAGGCAUUUACCGUACACAUUUGAGAAAGCUGGGAUGCCGUGAGGUGAUGAUGAAUUCUAUCAAAAACAAACCAGGGGGCAGAGCAAGUGCUGCCUUAGGAGUAAAAAAACCAAAGCGGUCUGAGGUGAAUUACUGUCCUCCUUAUCCUACCGGAGAAUCUGAAACGAGUCUAGAGAAACUUAGGGUGGAGCUAGUCUCAGAUGUUAUGGUGAGACAUAACCGAGAAGUGGUGCGGAUGAAAAUGGAGAAGACCUUUGCAAUCAGGAGGUAUGAGGUGGUACGUGACACACCCAUGAUCCAGGACUUCCAGCCCAGAUGGCCAGCGCUCUUUGAAGUAGACGAGCAACAAGGGCAGCAGACCAAUGAAGACUCCUCUAUACAUCCUAUUAUGCGAAAAGGCUUUGGAUUCACAGGAAAAAAGUGUUACACUAGUGGAACAGACAUGCACAAAGCCUACCAGCCACUUAAACCUUCUACUAACAAGUACCUCCAGAAAAAAUGGGACCAGACAUACUAUGAAGAGCACCGCAGUAAGGUCAAAAACGCAAAAUCAGUUGUUGACACCAAAGGUAUUGAGACACCCUUGCAUGUUCAUCUGAAACUGAAAAAGUUACAGUUACAGGAGGAAAAACUGGCCGUAAUUGAGAGGGACAACCGUCUCCUCUCCUCCAGAUUGGCUGAUAUUAUGCGGUCAAGGGGACUGGUGGACCACAGGAAUUAUUACUCUGAACACAGCAGUCUAAACACAGAAAGAAGACGAGAAGAGUUUUUGCAAGUGAGUUGCGAGAACCAGGCUAUCCUACAGAGAAUAAGAGCGUGCGAAUCUGAUUACUGCCGGCAACGGUGGCAAGAAAGCUGGAAGAAUAUAGAGCACCAAAGGGAUGACAUUGCAAGGUAUCCACGUAAAUUGGCAAAGAAAAAAAUAACAUAAAUGUGGCAUCCAGGAAUGCAUAGCCAUUUGAAUCAUGGAAUUCCUUAUCAUCAGUGCUCUUACAACUGUAAUCCUAACCUUCAGUAGGCACAGGGUGUGAGGUGCAUGUAUGUCGAUGACACAGUAAUCUAUGUUCAGCCAGACUUCACGGCAACACACCAGUCACAUGUCACAUCAACAGGUACAUAAAUGGUUGGUUAACUCACACUUGCAUCUCAAUGUUAAGUCUGCAUGUUUUUUUGUAUUUUUUAGAAAGACACACACUGCACCAGACUGUGACCCCAUUAGUCUGUAUUUCUGGAGAGAUCAUUCAAACAGUCUUACAUAUUGGGAUAUAUCUUGGGAUUAUUCUUGACUCCACUUUUUCUUUCAAAAAACAUGUGAAAUUAGUAUAACAUUAUGUGGUAAAUUUGAAAUACAUCGCCUAUAAAAUGUUAGCCUGGUCCUACCAUACUCUUGUACAUUCAUAAUGUACAGAGAGUCUGGCACUUUCCAUUGUGAAACAUGAACUUCCUUGAAUGCGGACACUCUGAUGUUUAAAACUAUUGGAUCUGCCAUAACCAAUUGCAAACGUUUGGUUGUGACGUGACAUGCUCAAACUAGCGCACAACCUCAACGUCAUCAUUCUCGGCUACUCCCUCUGUUCGCUGAUUGGACCUGCACAACUUUGUGUUGAGAAAACCCACGAAUAUACCGCAGACCCAGGCUGUGUCUGAAACAUAAGUACACACGCUGUGUGCAUUUUCCGGAAGUUACGUCAGAAUAGACUGUUCGAAAGUCAAGCGCUCUCACUAGAUGGGUACUUCGUUUGGCGUGAUUUCCAAGCGUGCAUCGAUGCAUCUUUUUUGGCCUCAGAUAUCCCAUAAUCCAUUGCGCAGCGCAGGUCAAGCUCCACACGUCAUGCAAAUCGUCAACACACCCCCCCAGGUGACGCCAACUAGUUUGUGCUGUCCAAAUGUAGGUAGGGACGCAUACUGAGGAGCAAGCUAACUGAGACGCUACUGGAAAGAAGGUACUAUCCAGCGUGCGCGCUUGACUUUUGGACACAGCCCCAGACGACGUAGCGAAGGGAAAUGAAAAGUGAGCGGAAGUACUUAAGGUGGAGCCAGGCUAAUCUUUACUGCUUUUAUAUAUGGAAUCUUGAUCAAUUUCAUCUGAAUCUUUUUUUAACUUUAAUUUAAGCCUACAAAAAUCUUCAAUGUUGAAGUGGAAGCAGAUUUACACAAAGUAAUGUUAAAGGAAUAGUUCGGAAUUUUGGACAUAGGACCUCAUUUCCAACUUUGCCGAGGUGAUAUAGGUCGGUGGAGACAGUUUUUAUUGCGUUUAACCCCUUCCUUAAGUUGCAGCGUUCCCCCUUGCUAAUGCUGGUUCUGAGCUAACGCAUUUCAACGGUAACAUCCAAAACAGUCUUACUCACUCCACAGCACACCUGAGACAAGUAAAUUAAAACGUCAGACUAUCGAUGUACAUGUCCGUGUUGAUAGAAUAAUUUUAGAAAUAAAACUAACCUUGCAACUCAAUGAUUUAUUACAUUUUGAGGGACUAGUUUCUCAAUAUCAAUCCGUUACUGCCAUACAGGGAACAAAUUAGGCUAUUGCAAUGCGAUGCAAGGUUCUAACAUUGUUCUAUCAACACAGGCAUGUGCAUCGAUAGUCUGACAUUAUAAUUGAUUUGUUUCGGGUGUUCUGUGGAGUGGAUUAAGACUGUUUUCAGUGGCAGGCUGGAUGUUACCGUUGACUUGCGUUAUCUCGGCACCAGAUUAGCAACAAAUGAACGCUGCAAUUUAAGGAAGGGCAGAAAUUCACUGAAAAUGGUCUCCACCGACCUAUAUCACCCCGACUAAGUUGGAAAUGAGGUCCUAUGUCCAAAAUUCCGAACUAUUCCUUUAAUUAAUUAAAAAACAUAAUGCAAAAUAAGUAUUCACUUUGGCAUCAAAGAGGGAGAAGAAAGACCAAAUUAAAUCGAUCCAUUAUAGAAACAGUAAAAGGAGAAAUAUCCAAGGGAGAAUGCAAUGAUAAGCUGGAAACACUGAAUCCUAUUCUCUCUCUUUGGCUUUUGAGCAGUUAGACAUGUGAACACUUCUAACUGUAUAGGAAUUUGUAUUUUAUUAAUGUUGAUGCUGGCAUUUCUACCUGAUGGUAAUUCUGUCAUCUGCUUGUGAUGUGAGUGAUGAAUUUAGUUUCUGUGGGGGUUGUGUUUAUGUCCAGCUUUUGUUUGUGUUCUUCUUUGUGUUGGUGUUUUUGUUUUUGCCUACAUGAUGGAUGGCUUGUCUUGUGUUGUUGUCUCCUUAAAGGGAACAUCCAGUGUUAUGGGUUUUAGACAUGUUAAGUAUGACCAUAAGCUAGAGUCAUGGACGAGGGGUGACCCUAUUCAGAUCCAAAGUAUGCCAUUUUAAUGACAUUAAAUGAAUUUAAGACUCGAUAAGUCUAUUGACGCAUCAUUACGCAUCAGGGGGGUAUUCCAUCAACCCAGCUAACCGUAAAUCGCGGCUAACUUUGAUAAGCCUCGCUAAUUUUAGAGAGAGUUCGGUUCCAUUACUCCCGCUAACAGGAAUCUCAGCUGAGUUGCUGGGGUAACAUAUGCUUCUGAACUAACCUGGUCGGUGGCAGGCUAACUGCCGAGCUAAAUUAAUCUGUGUUGCAAAAAAAAAAACACCAGUCGGAAAACGAGUCCCAAAAGUUGGUUCCGUCAACCUGUGCUUUCGUCACCUGUAGCCUACAACUUAAAAAAUAGAAGGAGAAACUUUUUUCCGACAGUGUUGCAAGCAUUGAUUAAGGCUACCUAUUCGCUAGUUUCAAAGAAUUUCUGAAAAUUAUGCAACUUACAUUGUUUGAACUUGAUCAGUGUGUGGUCCAAGGAAACGUGCGGCUCUCAUGGUGUCUUGCGCAGCGUGACAGGACAUCAAUCGAGUUAUGUUUUGCGUGUUCUCGGGUUCGGUUCCAAUGCGAUGAAUUUACAAAGGCUAUGUUAACACAUUAAUAAUGCUAGUUUAGUUAUAGGCUACUCUUUAAUGAAAGGCAUAUCACUAUUGAUAAAGGGUCAUGUAC